CAAAAGAUGAGAGUGAUGCUGGGCUGUCUGGCUGUCGCUGGAGAUCUUUGAAAUCCCACUUACAAAUGUGGAGUUAAAGCUCGUGGAACCGGACAGCUUCCGUUGAACAAUCAUGUCUUCUACUUUCCUUUGGGUUCUGCUACCUCUGCUAUUUUUGGCUCUAACUCCACAAAGAUCUGGUGGGCAGCUAGAUCAGGAAUGGUGCAUAGCAGAUGAGCAGACCCUGGAUGAGGAGCUGGAAAUGGCAAUGAAGUGGGCGUGUGAAGCGGGAGGUGCAGACUGCAGCAAGAUACAAGAAAACCAAGAAUGCUUCUGGCCUAAUACUACGCAGCACCAUGCCUCUUAUGCCUUCAACAAUUACUAUCAAAGAUUCAAGCAGCAAGGAGCAACUUGCUACUUCAAUUCUGCCGCAUUGGUCACUGCCCUUGAUCCAAGUGAUAAUUCGUGCAAGUUUGAGUAUCUUCCUUGAGGAAAAGCUUGGGAAGAUUUGCAGUCAAAGUUUUUAAGAUUUGCAUUUGUGGGAUCACAUACAGAUCCAAUGAAUUUUUGUUUUUUUAAUUUCUAUUCAAUGAGCGUUGCCAUAAAUUUAUUUUCCCAAAAAUGUUGUGAUCUGAUCGAUGCAUUGACUCCUCGCAAA